ACGAGUUUUACACACGGCUAAGUUAUCGUUUGAAACGGUUUUAUUCCGUAAAUUUUUAUUCCGCCGAAGAGAAUACUGAUCUCGCAAUUAAAAAUAAUCGCAACUUAUUCCGAACUGUGUAUAACGACAUACGUGAUUCUUUUAUGUUUUCCUUAGUACCUAUGCGAGUCUUUACAAAAUGUUUUUUUUUAUUUCAUUCGAGCAAUAUAUAGCAAUAUAUACGGUGGUACGGAGGAACUUUUCGCGUUCCGCCUUCGUUAACAGUUUAUUUUCAAGUGCAUGAAAACGGGUUCGCUUGGAACGCAUAAAUCGCUGGAGAAGAUGAUUUUCAACGAGAGCGAAUCGUGACUCGCGCUCGAUUCACGCGUCUUUUUCGAUUGCACAUCGUUCGACGCGUUGGAUUUUAUACGACCAGGAACUUAAUCAGGAACAACCGAGUAAACGACAGAUCGAGUGCAUUAUCGUUCGACGUGAAAUCGCGCGGAUAGACCUGAUAGAACAUCGGAGAACGCGAAACGGACGAAAAGAUGAAAUAUAAGGUGAACGAUCCGGAGAACUAUGACAGGGAUAUGCAAUUGGGAGAAACGAGAGGGAACAGCUCGAAACACUCGUGGCGAUCCAACUACGAUCCAAGCAACGAAAAUGAAAAGUCGUACGGCAAAGAAAGGAGACUGGUGAUGGUCAUUGUCUUGUUAGUGAUGACCGUGGUUGCGUUAGUUGUCACGCUAACCUUGCAGAUAGCUGUUUACCGUAGAGAGGAAUACGGAGAGAUGUGCCAGAACGUGGAAUGCGUCAAGACAGCCGCUAGGAUGCUGGAAGCGAUGAACAGAUCGGUCGAUCCAUGCCAAGAUUUUUAUAAAUUCGCUUGCGGCGGCUGGAUCUCGGAAAAUCCUAUACCGCAGAGUCAAGCUUAUUGGGAUCGAAUGAGCUUUCUUAGGGAACAAUUGCUUCGACGUCUAAGGAUUCUGCUCGAGGAACCGGAUAAAGAGUACGAUCCGAAAUCAGUCAAGUUGGCCAGAGCUCUGUACAGAACGUGCAUGAAUACAACAAGCAUCGAAGCUUUGGGAUUGAAGCCGAUUCAUGAAACGUUGAUCAAGCUUGGUUUAUCGAAAGAUCCGCCGUCGGAUGUCGGUAACUGGACCACCGACGUUUCAUGGUUCUCGGGUGCGGCGCAAAGGAUGUUAGGCUUGAAUCUGUUUGUCCAGUUUUACGUAAGCGAAGACCUACAAGAUACCAGAAAAAAUAGAAUAACGGUAUCGCCAAGAGUAACCGAGCAUUAUUUGCUCAACCCGCAACGUUUUCGCGCGGAACUAAACGAAUAUAAGAAAUACGUGAAAAAUAUGGUUGAACUGGCUGGCGCGGGAAACGAAAGCGUUACGUUUGCCAAUGAAAUUUUCGAUUUUAGUACGAGACUAGCGAGAACGAUGGACACGUCGAAGGAAAGGCAGAACGGAAGUUACUUAUUUCACGAAGUAACCAUCGAGGAAUUGCAACAACUUACGGAUCCGUAUGCACGACGGUUCAAUUGGACCAGAUAUAUCGAAGCUGUAUUCGAGAACACCAACGUGACGAUCGACGCCAAAACUGACCACGUGAUCGUGAUCAAUCUACAUACUCUACAGAAACUACCGGAACUAUUAGCAACCACGCCAGCCCGUACCAUAGAACGUUUCCUAUGGUGGAGCGUUUAUUCCACGGUCACUCCGUUAACGUUACAACAAUUUCGCGAUGUCGUUUUUCAAUUCCUACAAAAUGUUUUGGGAUUGAAGGAGCAGAGAGCCAGAUGGAAAGAUUGUACCGAAAACGCGAACGCGAACUUCGGCAUGGCAUUGAGCUACGUCUACGCGAAAAAGUACCUCAACGAACAGACUCGAAAAAAGGCUUUGGAAAUGUUGCAAGACGUGAAAGACGCGUACGAUGAGAUGAUCGCGGAACUCGACUGGAUGGAUGUUGCCACGAGAAGUCGAGCACACGACAAAUUGCACGCGACUAGAUUGUACGUAGGAAUUCCAGAAUGGAUCACAGAUUCCGACAAACUGGACAAGUAUUACGAAGGGUCGGAGAUUGUAUCAGGGAAAUUGUUCGAAACGUUCCUGAGGUUAACCGAUGCAGGGAUAAAAAAGAGCUUGAACAGUUUACGAGAGAAACCGGACAAAAGUCGCUGGAUAUCAACGGGCACGGCGGUGAAUGCAUUUUAUAGCGCUACAUUGAAUUCUGUCACUUUCCCAGCCGGCAUUUUGCACCCCCCUUUUUAUGGAAACGGUCUAGAGUCCAUCAAUUACGGAGCCAUGGGCGCGAUCAUGGGUCAUGAACUAACUCAUGGAUUCGACGACCAAGGUCGUAGGUACGACGAGGCAGGAAAUGUGAGGCAAUGGUGGAGUGAGGAAACGUUGCAACAUUAUCAGAAAAAAGUCGAAUGCAUAAUCAAACAAUAUGGUAACUACCGAGUGCCGGAGUUGGGCGAAAAUUUCACGGUAAACGGUGUGAACACGCAGGGAGAAAAUAUUGCGGACAACGGCGGCAUACGAGAAGCUUACAGAGCAUACCAAAAGCACAAAGCCCGAUCUGACACCGUCAGUAGAACUUUGCCUGGAUUUGCCGGAUACACUCAGGACCAGCUUUUCUUCUUAGGUUUCGCGCAAGUAUGGUGUGGCAAUUAUACUAAUAGUGCGUUAAAAUCGAUACUGAUAGAAAGAGUACACCCGCCGAAUCACUUCAGAGUUAUCGGAACACUGUCGAACAACGCAAAUUUCGCAAAAGCGUGGAAUUGUCCGAUCGGAAGUCCAAUGAAUCCAGUCAAUAAGUGUAUUUUGUGGUGAACGAUAAAAACGAUAAAGAAGAUGGUAUCACUUAAACGAACAUUACAGAAUAAGUAAUAUCGCAAGUUCGUACACGUUACGAUAUUCGGGUAUACGCACGCCUGUGAUACAUUUACAUCAAAACGUAUCGAGUUUGGGACAGACUGAUUCGUAGAAACUAAUGUGUAACUUGAUGACAUACUUAUAGAUCAUAGAUCUACAUGUAUAUAUUAUUUGAUAGAAAAUGAAUUACAGUUUUCAAACUGACCCAGCCUAUUCUCCAUCGCGUGUUUAAUACCAAUUUGCUGCUUCACUUUUUCUUCUUUUUCUUCAAAGU